UGUGUCGGCCUCACCCUGGAAUUUUUCUGUCGAGCAAAUUCAGAAGAAAAGCGCCUCCGUGGUUGAAGGAAAUGUCAAAUUUUAAAGCUGCAAGGGAAGCAAACCACUCACCUGCUCUCAAUAUGGCAUGAAAGUGUUGGAAACAAGAACCUUUACAGUACAGCAUGCCAUACCAUGUUAGUGGAAACAAUCAACAUCAACUACUACUAUUAUCCUCUCUAUAACCUCUACUUUUUAAAAGUCUAGUUAAUCUGUAAUUAAAAUCACUAUCUUAAAUCAGCCUAGCAAAAACACCUCCGAUACCAUCUCCAGCAUUUACCACCUUAUAAGACAAGAAAAGGUUUUCCUCUGUCUGAAAUGGAAGGAAAAAUAAGGAAAACCUACAAACCAUCUGAUGAUCAGCAUAAUUUUGUUGCUUUGGUCAAACAAAAAUUGUAUGUUUUUUUUUUUUCAUUUUGGAUGACUAGAUUAGAUUUGACAUUCUUAUAUAAUCUCACAUUGUAUAACAAAAAUAACACCAUCAGAAGAAUAACGUAACAUUCUACAUCAACACUUUUCUUCCUGACAGCAGGUUUGUGGUCAGUUUGAUGAACAGGAUAAGGAACUUAUGACACACCCCACCUCUUUGCAUUACAAGCACCCUGACUGGAGCACAGUUCAGUUGCGGAUAUUGCAGAGUAACAGCAACACGCACCAUGAUGAACUUCACUUUGAUAGCCGCUUUGAGUCUCUGCAGCGUUAGCUGGAUCUCUGCCUCAGUCUCUCAGUCUCAGACUGUGGAGGCUCAGUCUGGUGAAGGAGUCACACUGUGGUGCAACAACACCUACAACAAUGGUGCGGUGAUCUUCUGGUUCAGACUGGUCGACAGAACCGAGGUCAGCUGUGUCUCUGUCAUGAUCCACUCCAAAGAAGCUAAAUACUGCGAAGGAUUUCAAAAUGGGAAAUUUGAAAUGAGAAGCAGCAACAACACUGUCUCUCUCAAAAUGCAUUUUGUGGUUAAAUCUGAUGCAGGACUGUAUUUCUGUGGAUUUUACACUAGUGGAAUUAUCACUUUCAGUGUCACACGUUUAAAUGUCAAAGGCAGCAAUGAGCCACCUGGUGACGAGGACAGUGGAGAUAAAAGAGAGUCUGACGGAAUAGCAAUGCUGACAAGUGUGAUCCUGGGUGCUCUGACUGUUGUCCUCGUACUGGUCAUCAUCGGUCUGGUUGUUAAAGUCAGGAAACUUCAGACAGCUCUUGAGGAAAACCAGAAUCCAGAGCAACGAAAGAAUGUGGGCCAUGAUGAUGACGUGAACUACGCAGCAGUGACAAUUCGACCGAAAGCAAAAAGAAGACAGCAGGAGCCAAAUGUUAUCUAUGCUUCAACCAGAUAGACUCAGGAGGCAACUGGAGCUGAUGCUCUAUUAUAUGAAAAUGCUUUGAGCUUUUGUAUGCCAUGUUGGUGACAGCAGUUACCAUUCCAGCCAAGCUGUUUUCUCACGCAAU